AUGGUUCUUGAUCUUGACUUAUUUCGAGAAGAUAAAGGAGGCAACCCUGAAUCCAUUCGUCAAUGCCAGCGAAAACGCUUUAAGGAUGUCUCCCUUGUCGAUCAAGUUGUCCAAUUGGAUAGCGAAUGGAGAAAACUCCGAUUUGCUGCGGAUAAUUGGAAUAAACUAAAGAAUCAAUGUAGCAAAGUUUACGGAGAGAAAAUGAAGAAAAAAGAAGAAACUGGUACUGAUGAUUCUUUAGAAGGUGAUGUCGUUGCAAAGCUUGCAAAUCUUACAAUUGAUGAUUUGAGGACCUUAACCCCAGUUAGAGUCAAAAAAAUUAGAAGCCUAAUUGAUGACCGCAUUGCUGCAUGUAAUGCAGAAGUUAUCAAGGUAGAAGAACGACGUAGUGAAAAAUUAAGAGCAAUUGGUAAUCUCUUGCAUGAAUCGGUGCCUAUCAGCAAUGAUGAGGAUAAUAAUGCCGUCGUUGCUACGCAUGGCGACUGUGAAGUAAAGAAACGCUAUUCUCAUAUUGAUUUGGCCUAUAUGGUAGAUGGUGUAGAUACUAAUCGAGGUACUGUUACCGCAGGCGGUCGAGGCUAUUACUUAAAGGGGAAACUGGUGUUUCUGGAAUUUGCUCUCAUACAACAUGCUCUAAGGAUUUUAGCUAAAAAGGGAUAUGUUCCACUGUACACGCCUUUUCUAAUGCGAAAAGAAGUUAUGACAGAAGUAGCACAGUUGAGCCAAUUCGAUGAAGAGUUAUACAAGGUGAUUGGUAAAGGUAGUGAAAAUGUUGACGAUUCUUCCAUUGAUGAAAAAUACCUAAUUGCUACUAGUGAACAACCAAUUGCGGCCUAUCAUCGUGCCGAAUGGAUUAAUCCUUCCGAGCUACCUAAGAAGUAUGCCGGUGUUUCCACUUGUUUUAGACAAGAAGUUGGUUCUCACGGCCGUGAUACGCGUGGUAUCUUCCGUGUUCACCAGUUUGAAAAGAUUGAGCAGUUUGUUCUAUGUUCACCGAAUGAUAACGAAUCAUGGAAAUUGAUGGAAGAAAUGAUUGAAAAUGCAAGUGAUUACUAUCAAUCCCUUGGUAUUAGCUAUCGAAUUGUCAACAUCGUUUCAGGAGCUCUUAACAAUGCUGCUUCGAAAAAGUUAGACUUGGAGGCUUGGUUUCCUGGAUCGGGCGCUUUUCGAGAGCUUGUAUCUUGCUCCAAUUGUACGGAUUAUCAGUCAAGAAGGUUACAGAUUCGAUUUGGCCAAACAAAAAAAAUGAAUGCCCAGGCGGAAUAUGUUCAUAUGCUAAAUUCGACUAUGUGUGCUACUACUCGCGCCAUUUGUGCCAUUUUGGAGACAUUCCAAACUGAAACUGGUAUCGCUGUUCCUGAAGUCUUGCAUCAAUAUUUGCCACCCGACUGCGCUUUCAUUGAGUUUACGAAACCUGUGCCUACCGAUAAACUGACCACAAAAGAGUUAAAGAAGACUAAAAGCAACAAAGUAUAA